UCUAUAAAUAUACAUAUAUGUAAGCAGAGCAAUUACACAACACACACACACAAUCCAAAUCAAAGCAAACAAAAAAAAAACUUAAAGAGAGUUUCUCAUGGCUUCCAAAACAACCCGACAAUUUCAUCCUCAUCUUCACUUUGUUCUCUUCCCUUUCAUGGCGCAAGGCCACAUGAUCCCCAUGGUCGAUAUUGCAAGGCUCUUGGCUCAGCGAGGUGUGACUAUAACCAUUGUCACAACACCUCACAACGCUUCCCGGUUCAAGAACGUUCUUAACCGGGCCAUUCAGUCCGGCUUGCCCAUCAACGUUGUCCAGGUGAAGUUUCCAUCUCAAGAACCGGGUUCACCACAAGGACACGAGAAUGUGGACUUGCUUGAUUCAUCGGUGCCGUUAGCAUCUUUCUUUACAGAUAUUAAUAUGCUCGAGGAACCGGUGGAGAAGCUCUUGAAAGAGAUUGAACCAAGGCCAAACUGCAUAAUCGCCGACAUGUGUUUGCCUUUUACAAACAGAAUCGCCAAGAACUUUGGUAUACCGAAGAUCAUCUUUCAUGGCAUGUGUUGCUUCAACCUUCUUUGUCUGCACAUCAUGCGGCAAAACUACGAGUUUUGGGAAACUAUAGAGUCUAAUAAGGAGUACUUCCCCAUCCCAAAUUUUCCAGGCAGAGUUGAGUUCACAAAAGCUCAGCUUCCGCUGGUAACUGGUGAUGGAGAUUGGAAAGAGAUUUUGGACGGGAUGAUUGAUGGGGAUAACACUUCUUAUGGUGUGAUUGUCAAUACGUUUGAAGAGCUUGAACCAGCUUAUGUUAGAGACUACAAAAAGGUUAAGGCAGGUAAGGUAUGGAGCAUCGGACCGGUUUCCUUGUGCAACAAGGUAGGUUUAGACAAAGCUGAGAGGGGAAAUAAGGCGGCCAUAGGUCAAGAAGAGUGUUUCAAAUGGCUUGAUUCUAAAGAAGAAGGGUCGGUGCUAUAUGUUUGCCUUGGAAGUAUAUGCAAUCUUCCUCUGGCUCAGCUCAAAGAACUAGGGCUUGGCCUUGAGGAAUCCCAAAGACCUUUCAUUUGGGUCAUAAGAAGUUGGGAGAAGUAUAAUGAAUUAGAUACAUGGAUCUCAGAGAGCGGAUUUAAAGAAAGAAUCAAAGAAAGGGGUCUUCUCAUAAGAGGAUGGUCGCCACAAGUGCUUAUCCUUUCGCAUCCUGCCGUUGGAGGAUUCUUGACACACUGUGGAUGGAACUCGACUCUUGAAGGAAUCACCUCAGGAGUUCCUUUGCUCACAUGGCCAUUGUUUGGAGACCAAUUCUGCAAUGAGAAACUGGCUGUGGAGGUAUUAAAAGUAGGUGUGCAGUCAGGUGUUGAAGAUCCCAUGAGUUGGGGAGAAGAGGAGAAAAUUGGAGUAUUGGUGGAUAAAGAAGGAGUGAAGAAAGCAGUGGAAGCAUUGAUGGGUGAUAGUGACGAAGCUAAAGAGAGGAAAGAAAGAGUCAAAAAGCUUGGUGAAUUAGCUCACAAGGCUGUUGAUGAAGGAGGCUCUUCUCAUUUCAACAUCACAUUACUCUUGGAAGACAUAAUGCAACAAGCACAAAUCAAGACUUGAUUUUAUCUUUGCUCUUCAUAGGAUCAUAUAUAUGCAUGUAACGUGUUUGUUAUUAAUUAAUCAAGAUUCAGCUACCAAA